CAGAACCCAGCCUGUGUCCCCUUUGGCUGCACUAGGAAUGGCCAAACACCACCAGGCCCUGCUGCUCUUGGUGGCAACUGUGGUGGCCCUUGUGUGCACAAGGGUGCAAGCCUGGGGCUCUGUGAAAGUGGUGAGAAAAUUUCAAGACAUCUCUUCGAGCUAUGUGUACGUGCAGCAGGCCCUCUGGUUCGCCAUGCAGGAGUACAACAAGGCCAGCAACGAUAUGUACUUCUUCAAGGUGAUGGAGAUUCUGAAGACCCAGGAGCAGGUCACAGAUAGUUUGGACUACCUUCUUGAAGUUAAGAUUGCCCGAACGAUGUGCAAGAAAGUUUCAGGAGAAAACGAAAACUGCUUAUUCCAACAGGAUCCCCAAAUGCAAAAGAUGCUUUUUUGCACCUUUAUUGUGAGUUCCAAACCGUGGAAAUUUGAACUCACUGUGGUGAAGCAAAAGUGCCAAGACAUCUAACUGUCUUGCUGCAUGUUCCGCCACACACACUCCCACUGCAGAGAAGUGAUGGCACCUGCAAGACCUUGGAACAACUUUGCUGCAGCAUGUUCUGCAGGCCUAAUGUGUGGCCUUUGCACGGGACGGGCAGACUCACUCUGUGCAGAAAAGGGUGUCACAUCUUUAAGGAGGAACAACUUGCUGCUGCCAAUAAAUGAAAUUGCUUAUACACC